CAGCAUCAUGUCAGUGAACCCUCCGAGCAGCAAUGACGCCUGCCUCAGCAUCGUGCACAGCCUCAUGUGCCACAGGCAGGGCGGGGAGAACGAGGGCUUCGCCAAGCGGGCCAUCGAGAGCCUGGUGAAGAAGCUGAAGGAGAAGAAGGACGAGCUGGACUCGCUCAUCACCGCCAUCACAACCAACGGCGUACAUCCCAGCAAGUGUGUGACCAUCCAGAGGACGCUGGAUGGACGGCUGCAGGUGGCGGGGAGGAAAGGUUUUCCUCACGUCAUUUAUGCACGGUUGUGGCGCUGGCCCGACCUCCACAAAAAUGAACUCAAGCAUGUCAAGUUCUGCCAGUAUGCCUUUGACCUGAAGUACGACAACGUCUGCGUCAACCCCUACCACUACGAGAGGGUGGUGUCGCCUGGCAUCGUUGGUCUCAGCCUUCAAAACACAGCAGCAGCCGGCGGCGGCCUGAUCAAAGAGGAGUACAUCCAUGACUGCAUACAGAUGGACCUCCCGCCUGGCAUGCCUCUGUCUGACCACCAAGCAGCCCUGAAGCUCCCUCCUGCAGACCUCUAUGGGCAUCCACAGCUCUCCUCUGAGCCCCAUGGACCCCCACCCGUCACCAGAUACAACCUGCCUGUCUCACCCAAAGUGUCCGGCUCCGGCUCCAUGCUGCCUCUGCAGGGGGGCCACCCUGACGGACGGCUCCAAACGCCAUCUCCACAGGCUCAGGGCAUGACCCCGGCUCCACGACCUCUGACCCCGACCCAACCCACUCCUCAGCAACAGGCUGGCCAGCAACCCUCACAGCCCCCCCACCCACAGCAGCCCCCCCUACCUCCUUCUCACUCGCAUGGACAGAACGGGUACAGCAGCAAUAAACACUCUCAGAGCCAGGCGGCCUUCCACACAGUGUGGACCGGCAGCAGCACAGCCUCCUACACUCCUAUAGGACCCCAGCAGAAUGGGCAGGGUCACCAACAACCCCCCCUCCAUCAUGCCAACCACCACUGGUCCCAGCAUCAUGGCACCACCUCUUUCCCUCCAUCUGUGUCCAACCACCCAGGACCAGAGUUUUGGUGCUCCAUCUCCUACUUUGAAAUGGACGUUCAGGUGGGGGAGAUGUUCAAGGUGCCCUCCAGCUGCCCGGUGGUCACCGUGGACGGUUACGUCGACCCGUCAGGAGGAGACCGCUUCUGCCUCGGCCAGCUGAGCAACGUCCACCGCACAGACGCAAGUGAAAGAGCCAGGUUGCACAUAGGUAAAGGCGUGCAGCUGGAGUGCCGUGGGGAGGGCGAUGUGUGGAUGCGCUGCAUGAGCGACCACGCUGUGUUCGUACAGAGCUACUACCUGGACAGAGAGGCCGGCCGGGCCCCAGGGGACGCUGUGCACAAGAUCUACCCCGGGGCCUACAUCAAGGUGUUUGACCUGCGGCAGUGCCACAGACAGAUGCAGCAGCAGGCAGCGACUGCGCAGGCUGCAGCGGCUGCGCAGGCUGCUGCUGUGGCAGGAAACAUCCCCGGGCCAGGCAGCGUCGGAGGCAUCGCACCUGCAGUUAGUCUGUCUGCAGCCGCAGGCAUCGGGGUGGACGACCUGAGGCGUCUGUGUAUCCUGCGGCUCAGCUUCGUAAAGGGUUGGGGGCCCGACUACCCCCGGCAGAGCAUCAAACACACCCCCUGCUGGGUGGAGGUCCACCUGCACCGCGCUCUGCAGCUGCUGGACGAGGUGCUGCACACUAUGCCAUUGGCAGACCCAGGGCCUGCUAACUGAGGACCAACAUGUUCAAUCUGAACUGUAUGAAUGUGCACACGCACUCACACGCUCACACACUCUCACACACACACACACACACACACACACACACACACACACACACACACACACACACACACACACCUGUUGCCAAAUAUGCUAUUAAAUUGAUACACGAAGCAAAUCAAUGAGAAAUACAGGAAACAUCGAGGACCAAUAACAUUAUGCUUUUAACAAUCAAUGCACACACACUGCAACCAAACUGUCUGCGGCCACACACACACACACACACACACACACACACACACACACACACACACACACACACACACACACACACACACACACACACACAUGUUUCUAGUGCUUUACUCUGCAAUCUAAAGUCAAACACAAGGGAGGAAAGAUUCUGACUAACCGUGUCUGUUCUGAAGACAUUUGUAUGCACUGCAGAAAUCCAGUUUCCCCAUAUGCAAUUGGGAUUUCUUGAAAUUGUAGCAGUGUUCUGCAAAUUCAUUCAUGACAAAACACAGACAUGUCAAAAGUAAUGGAGUUAAUUCACAGUGAAUACACACAGUGUUACAGGUGUGUUUGGGUGGCAGAUGGAUGGAUAAAGGAGCCCAGUGUUUAUGUCAUCUCUGUGCUCGUACUGUAUGUCCAUCUCAACUCAAACUGUUAGCAUCGAUAGCUGGUUAGCCCUCUUAUUACGCUCAGCUCAAGCUAUAUUAUUUUUGUACCAAAAGACUAAAAAGCCAAAAACAUUUAGCUUUAAGUAGUGUUGUUGUUCUUUGUAAUGAAACAGUGCUACCCUGUAUGUAACCAAAAGCCAAAAUACCUCAUAACUACAGUGCAAAGUCAUGAUUACGUUCUCCGCCUGAAGCGCACACACUGUUCUUCACUGACUGGCUGAAGUGGGUGAGAGCAGCCCUCUGUUAGCAUUCUGGCUCCAACACUCCCUUAGUUUGCGUUCCUUUAGCUUUAUGAUGUAGCGUGCUGUGCUGUGCAGAACUUGAUGAUUGGACCGAUGAGCAGAACUUAUACCGAUGACUGAAUAGCUCCGGAGACAGAAACCUGAGUGCCUCUCUGUUCUCAUCUCUGAAGUGUGCUCACUCUAUUUCAAUCAGAGCCCUGUUUUUUAUAUGUGGCCCAACCAAAGCAAACUAUCAUGCUAAUAUCGGGCUCAAGUGAUCCUGCUUUUAAUCAUGCAGCUAAUAGAGUGGUGCACUGGUGACAUUUGUGUAGGCUGACCCCGGAAGAUAGCAUCGCUAGACCUCUUGAUAAAAAAGAAUGGGAUUUUUUAUUGGAUUUGGGAAUUUUGCAGAAAAUAAUCUCUGUGGAAAACACAUGUUUAUGAUACUUACCUGUUUUGUUCAACAGGAUUAUCUCCACAUAUUAAAACCACUUUAGCAUUUUUUUGAAGUGGAAGCAAUCACCAGUCAAAACCUAAUGUUAUAAACAAAUUCAAUCAACAUUGCAUGGCUGUGCGUUACCAAAUGUGCAGCGUGAUGACGUUUAGUCAUCACAUUUAGCCACUCGUUAGCAACCGCUGUCUUUAUGACACAUACAAGCAGGGGCGCUUCAUGUUGUCGUUGUUGUGGACCAAUUUAAUCAACCUUCUUUGGGGGCCCUUUCUGGUCCGGGGCCCCAAGCAGUUGCCUGCCUUGCCUGUUGGCAAGCAGCGCCCCUGCAUACAAGCUUCAGAUAUUUACACGUGGGGUAUUUACUGACAUAAAAAACAUUAAAAUCUCCUUAGCUUGUGGUAACCACAGACCUUAUUUCAGGGUUUCAACCACAAACAUGUUCAAAAAACUGUUGAUUCCAAGACGAGGGAACCGGAGGUGCUAAAAUGCGGACUCAUUUCAGGGUUUCAGGACUCAUUCCUGCACCGCUCUGUUUGGUUAUUUGGAAGCAAAGGAUAGAUUUGUUGAUCCCUAAUUAAGUUAUCUUUAAAAAAAACAAAUGAUGCGCUCUUCUUUUAUAAUUAAAGUCAAAUAAGUACAGAGUUGAACCAUACGCAGCAUUUAGAUGAUUGGCUGUGUGCUGAUCAUGUGAUCGUGGUUACAUGAGGUUGAUUAAAGUUAGUCCUUCACAAUGUUUCUCUCCCGUGAAUGGCUGAACGCUGUGUCACUUUAAAUGUUGCGGCCGUAAGGAAUUGUGGGACAGCAUUAUCUCCAGUCUUUCAUAAAGGAUGGCUCAGAUAAUAAAGGAAGCAUUGAAGCUCUUUUCCCAUCAUCUAAUCAAACAGCUCUUAUCAUGACUGACACUGAGGUACUUCCGGGUCAUUUCCCUCCGUUAGGAACCUUCCUAAGAAAAAAAGAGUAUUCGACCACAAUCUAAGUCUCAUUUUAUUUUACGGGUGUCAUUUUCUUCUACAUGGACCCAAUGAAAGGGUACAAUUUAACCAGUAUCAAAUGGUACCAUCUACUACAGGGAGUUUAGACCCAAGAGUGGGUAAUGUUCUGACGGCUAGUUCUGUGGAGUGCUGAGAGGAGAGGUCAUGUGAUUCAGCUGCUUAUCAAACAUCAGCCAUAUGCAUAUUUGUGAUUUGUGCCUUUUGUUCUCAGCCGUAGAUGCACCAACACUGGACCCUCACACACACACACACACACACACACACACACACACACACACACACACACACACACACACACACACACACACACACACACACACACACACACACAGGUUUCUCUCGCCACACAUGAAGGUUCAUGUUGCACAUUGUGAUUUCAGAUGUUUCAGUCCUUGGGUGUUAUUCUGUGGUUCCCUCAGGUAUCUGUGUAGUUCAAUGAAUAUAUCGCAAUGUGUCCAACGUUCUUCUAGAGAUAGUAUUAAGAGAGCACUCAUCUUACCUGAGUAGUAUUAUUUAUUGCCUUCUGUGAGUGUAAAACAUGAAUGAGUAUGCGUUCCACUGUUUUAAUCUUAGCAUGGACAACUCAAAUAGAUGUCAUAUUUAUCUCUGCUCUGCUGCCCAUAUUCAGGGAGGUACAAGCAGGCUUUCUCAGAUAAUGAGCAAACCCUUCAUCACCAUCAUCAUCACACACAUCACCUCCAACACAUGUCCACAAGUGCUUUGCAUUCAGCACCUGUAACUGUGCACAUCUGUGGAUGUACAUGUCCAGAGAACUAAACCCAGCUUCAACUGUUUUUUGCUUCGCUUCAUUUUGUGGGUUUGUUAUUUUAAAAAUGUCAAAUGAUGCUUUAUUUGAUACUUCUCAGAGGGAAAUAGCUUGUCUGUAGACCAAGGGUGGGGAACCUCCGGCCUCCUCCAACACACAGGAACGCACACAUGACCAAUGAGGGCACGAGAUAAGUUUGUGCACAGAUGGAAGGCUGACAGGCAGGUAGGCCAUCCAGUUAUUUUAGCCGGGCCGGCUCAGAUGAUUGGUCGUGCUUUUUACAGCGCCACGGCUUCCAGAGAUUAUGUGUUUUAUGGAUUUGUUGUCAAAGCACUUCAGAUAUUCAUUGCUAUCGGGAUGUUAAGAGCAUUCCAUGGAAUAUAACAACAAGUGUAUCUCGAGCCGGUUUCUCAAACGUACCUACCCCACCUUUAAGAGAAAGUCAAAUCAGCCAAACAUUAUUUAACGUACUAGUACCAAUUGCAGAACAAUCAGGAAUAUAAACAUCCAACAAAAUCAGCAUGAUUCAAAAAUACAUUUGAAAAUGACUUUAUAGAUGCCAAUAAGUCAUCUCUCAGUUGGACACUUGAUUUAUCGACAUAUUCUUGAACAAAUUGUUUAAUUUAUCACAUUUUUGAACUCUUACAAAAAUCUUAAUUAAGUUGAAAGUUAAAGUUACAUAUUAAGAUAAGUGACAACAUAUUUAAGUUAAACAUCUUUAUUUAUAUCCAUUGUGUAAUUGGUUGAGAAAUGACCCAAAAAUAGUGAAAGGACACGAAACUCAUCAACCCAUUGAGGGCUGGAUUCAAAAUCACACCAAAAAUCGAAAUGAUCCAACUCAUUAAGUCCAACGUACCUUGAAUGUGCACUUGUGUACUAAGUGACAUUCCAUCGCUGCAGAUGACAUCAUUCCCUCCAAGAAACAUCUCAGAAAUGUUUACUUAGUAAAUAUGACAUCCCUGUUUUUCCAGACCCUUGGCCUCUUACUUCAAGGGUUCUCACUUUGAAACCGAAAGCUUUAAUGUGCAGUCUGACGUUUGCUUCUAUGGAGUCCACUGUGUCAGAGCCACGCCCCCCCAUGAGUACGAUGUGUGUCCUGUCUGUAGAGGAACAGGAUCCUGCUGUAGACUCAUGCUGCAUCAUGACUCUUUUUACAAGUAAAGCAGAGAUGAAAUGAUCUGUGUACACUAAGAAGACACUUGGCAUAAUAUAGUGUCCUUUGUGUUCACGACAAUUCAUUCCUACAUACAGUGGCAGUGUGAUACCCUACCCAUGUGUUACUCGCAUUUUUAAACUACAACUAUCCAAACUCUUCAUUUCCUCUUCCGCUACUCAUGGCCUUCAUCAGUGGAUAUAAUAAUAAUAAUAAUACUACUCAGAAGUCUGUGAGCAAACCCCAUCUACUGAUGAAGACUGGGAGUGGUUUGAAAGCUCUAAAUGAUCUGGUUACUGUGCUAGAGUUUUGCUUUCAACUGAACAUGUGUAAAACCUAGAAAUCAAAAACACACUCAGAAAAGGUUUAGGUUAAAUAUUAAAGUAUAGAAUUCAUGUAAUUUUUAUAUCCAACAAUAGCUCUGGAUGAAAGUGAUCUCCACCUAUUCCAAAACCACUGCACUCCAUCCUCAUUAACGUUCAGUAUCCAGAUCCUGAGAGACACACACAUCCCAUUCAUUACACAUGUAACACACACCAUGCUGACACACUACAAACACUAUAUGUACUAAAUCAUUUGAUUUGGCUUCCUGAAAUAUAUGGUUCUUAGAUUUUGUAGUUUUAUUGUAAAAAUGUGCUGCUCUUGUAAUGUUGACUGUAUAUUAAAAGAGAUAAACAUAU